AUGAAAGCAAGUUGGCCAGUUCGAACGCUAAGCUUUAGYCACGACGGUCAAAUGUUGGCUUCAGGAUCAGAAGAUCUCAUUAUAGACGUUGCAAUGGUAGAAACUGGGGAACGGAUAUGUGAAGUUCAGUGCAAUUCGCCCACGUUCACCGUCGCUUGGCAUCCAUCUAAACCUCUACUGGCAUUUGCUUGUGAUGAUAAGGAUAAACACGAUCGAGAUGCGGGGACAGUACGACUGUUCGGUUUACCAAAUAACUCUUAGUACGACCGAAGUGUGCCAUAAAGUCCGUCUGAACAAUACAGAUCAGGAGAUGGUCGGAUUGACCGCCACAGAGGCCUCAGCCCACAAUUUUAUCUUAGCUAAAAAGAUAAAUGAUGCGGUCGAAUUUUUGAGAAUAUAGACAAAAAAGACUCGUCUGUAGGUGUUUUUAUAUAUAUGUCAGUGUUGCCGGAAUAACAAGUAUUUUCGAGCAUUUACUUUAUUUUCUUUGCCAUAAAUGCACAAAAACGGCUCCAAUGGAUUUGAAAACAAUAUAUUUUUUUGUUAUCUCAGACGUAAUUUUUUUUCUUUUUCCUCGUAUAUUGAAAGUAUUUGACCAGACCUGCUAUACAAUGRCAGAUAGUCUGUAAUGACUUAUAAAAAGGUGGGCGAUUAAGCAGUUUUAAGUAGUUCAUUAUCGUUGAUUUACUCAGUUUAUUUUCCUCAAAAAYACAAAGRGGAAUGGAAGUAUUCAGUUGUGAACCGCCCACUUUUUUAUAUAUUCAAAGUACUGGAAGGCGACACUGUCAACAUACAAAUUUAUCUUUGUCUGUGCCUUUGUCUUUSUAAUGUGGUUGCUAUUAAACAAAGGUUUCACUCUAA